AUGACUCAAACAUUGGUAAGUACCGACUAAUAAACUACGGAAUAUAAAACACGUUUACAUUUAUAUGUUUUGACCGUCGGAUUUUAUUUUUCACAGGGAAUCGCUCACAUUGUCGGUUCGGCCGUGUACGGUUUGAACCCUGAGAAUUAUGAUGCUAUGUAUAGAAAAGUUAGAGCACUGCCAGUGACAAAAAGGAGUCACUUAAACGUCGUCGCCGGUGAAAUACACUCUAAAGUAAGAACGAUUAUAGAUGAUAAAUAUCGAACACGGAUAUUUUUAAACGUGUUCAAGAUCGUAAUGUCGCGUGUAUUACGUCCCGUUUAGGCUUUGGCACGUCCGAAAUAUAUCAAGUUGUAUGCGGCAAUGUGCGCUAGGUUGAUUAAGGACGGCUUUGACGGUGCGCGACCCGGUUCUGGGCCGGCAUUCCAAACUGCAUUGCUACCAAAAUGUUACGAUGAUCUUAAAAAAUGUUGCAAGAUAUCCGAGGUACCGACAGUGUUAUAAAGCAUUUAAGUAAAAGUAUAUCAGUGUAUUGGUAUUUCAAUUAUUUUCCAAGAAUUUAAUACGUAUUUUAAAAUACUGUUUAUUUAUAAAUAUUGGAAUAAAUUUUGAGUCUCAGUAUAAGUGUCUAAAAUAGUUUCCGCACAUAAUUUUCAAAAUUAUUUUUUACAACACCGGCCACUGGGUACCGACACAAAAUCUUAUAUUAAAUUCCGAUUCCCGUAUAAAAACUAUAUUAAAAAUACUCUAUAAUCUUCUUUUAGACGAGACAAUACUCGGAACGCCGGAUCAAUGAAUUCGUAACGAAUUGUCAGUAAGUUGUCAACAUUUAGAAAUAUAAUAUACACCGAGAAUGUUUUACAUUAUUUUCCAUAUUAUUUAUGUGUUUUGCCGUUUUAUAGGUUCAUAGGCGAACUUUUCAAAUUCGGAGUUUAUCCCAAAGAAAUAGUAUGGUCCUUUGUAAACGAUCUGGUGAAUGAACACAGUUGUGAAGUUCAAGUCCGAUGCUUGUGCGCCCUCUUGCCUUUGGUUGCACCGAAACUGUCGGAGGUAAAAUACGCAUUUGUAUAAAAAUUUAAAUAACAUAAUAAAUUGCGCACUCGAUAAUAACGUAUGUUAAAAUCAAUAAUCAAUAGACUUACUUCGUGACAAGGGAUAUGUUGUUGGAAAUGAUUAGCAAAAUAAACUCUAUAAGUACAAUAGAACCAGACGUGUUCGACGACGAAGAUGGCACUUCCGUUAUAACCGAGUACAGUGAAGAG